UCGCUGGGAUUUUUCCUACAUGGCACCCACCCCGGGCACAAAGUCUUCACCCUUUCCCCGAGGCUCAGAGACCAUUCAUGGCUAUAGGGGAACUGAGGAGUACAAGCAGCAUUUGCCUUUUUCCUACUGUUGCUGAUGUCCUGGCUACUUUACCAGAGCCAGGAUGAAGGCUUUCACAGUGCCAUGCCACAGGGCAGUUAAGGUGAUGGGAAUGGAGAAGAAAGAAAGGGAAAGGAAGGGAAGAGGAUCAGUUGGAAGGCUUUGAGUUGUUUCAGGUAACCCAAGGCAAGUCAUUGUGGUGGGACUCAGGGCUCAAGUCCCACUCUACUCUGGAGGCAUGGUUUCAGUUGCAGCGUCAGUUUAAUUUCAGGUUGCUUAUGACACCAUGAUGAGUGAUUUAUGUGUCAAAGGAAGUGAGCAUGUGAGAGGAGAGAGCUGAAGAAAGAAAGAAAUCACUGGACAGGCAGUGAGAGGAUUAGUCAUAUCUUUGGGAUUAUAGAGUAGAAUGCAAAAAGAAGGACAGGGACUGUCCUGGGGGGUCUGAGAAGAACUUGGAGUCUGUGCUUCAGAUAUACUAGAACUUUUUGCUUUGUUUUGUUUUUGCGGUAUGCGGGCCUCUCACUGUUGUGGCCUCUCCCGUUGCGGAGCACAGGUUCCGGAUGCACAGGCUCAGCGGCCAUGGCUCACGGGCCCAGCCACUCCGCGGCAUGUGGGAUCUUCCCAGACCGGGGCACGAACCCGCGUCCCCUGCAUCGGCAGGCGGACUCUCAACCACUGCGCCACCAGGGAAGCCCUAUACUAGAACUUUAUGAAGGUCGAUACCAGGAAUCUUAGGAGAAAAGGAUCUGAGGAAGAUCAUCAACCGUAGAAUGAAGCUAGAAAGAGAUGUGGGAAGAAAAUAGUGACCUUAGAGAAGGACUCCAGAAUGAAAUUCCUAAAACUAUUAGGAUACAAUAAAGAUGAACUUCAGAAGAAGACAUGCUGGGAACUCACAUGGAGCAGGAGGGUGGCAGGGCACUAACUUCUGAAGCCAGACUCUGUUACGUGUGCUCAGGAAGUGUGGAGCGGCUGGUGGAGUGCUGGGCAAAAUGCCCCCGGGCUUCAUCCCCCAUGGCUCUACAGGACCUGAUGGAGAAGGUGAUGGUCCCUAACAGGAGCUUGAAGCUACUGUGGGGUGCUGAUGGGGAGAGCCCAGGCCCUGCCACAACCUACAGAAUCGCUCAGUAUGCCAACCUCCUGGCAGCCCAGGGCAGCCUGGUCACUGCCAUGAGCUACCUACCCAGUGACAGUGCUCAGCCACCAAUUCAGCAGCUGAGAGAUUGGCUUUUUCAUGCCCAGGGUUCUGGUGUCUUGGGCCAGCAGUCUCCCCCUUUCCCCUUUCCCCGGGUUAUUGUGGGAGCUGCUCCCCACUCUCAAGAGACAUCAUCUCCCAGACUGGGAUUCCAGUCUUCUCACCAGGUAAGAUCUUGCUUGUUCAUUCAUUCAAAAAUACCUGUUAAGUGUCUACCAAGUGCCAGGCAUGAUUUUAUAAUAUAUUUAUAAUAUAAUAUAAUAUAU